AUGGGAGGUUGGUUGCUGCACUGCCUGCUCCAACCAAGGCUGGCACUUUCCAAAGCUCUGAUAACGAAAUUUGAUAUCGUGUGGAGUCUAAACGCACUUCGUGAUCGCAAAUUCGGCAUGUUUGACUCGUGCGAAUCCAGCUUUCCGUUCGCCCAAAGAGUCAACCGUCCCCCGGGAACGUGGGUACCACCAAAAGACGCCGCUCCGGGACCCGCUGCCGGACGCCAAGACCAUAUCGGCAUCCGUGAAUCUUCAAUUCCGCAAUCCCGCUCGCGAGUGUUCUCGGCCCCGGGAUCUAUUGUCACCUGCGUAGGUAUGCAGCCACAGGAACAUAAGGACAGAAAACUUUGUUACUGGCGAACCCCACAAGCCUCGGUUGUUGGAGCACUCAACUUGUUGAUUUUGAGUGUGGACAGCGCGAUCAUGCGCCCCGACAAUCCACCAGGGACGGGAAGACGUGCAACCCCGGUGCGUAUCAGCUUUCAGAUGGCGGUGCUGCAUACGUCGUUCGGUACCCACGAGCUUGUCCUGGAUGAUGCGGAAUCACCAGAGGAGGGGCCCCAUGGGAAGGGAAGCUGCCUAGCCUGA